AUGGGGCCAAGCGGCGCACGAACGGGGAUUCCUUUCCCCGGCGCCAGCAGCGCCACCAGCUCAAGUGCCUCCGCACGCGCGGCGUCCAUACCGCGCUCGGUCGCCGAUACGAUCUCCGAGUCAGGCGAGCCGCCAGAGCAUCGUGACAUGGAUAUUGACGCUGAAUCAACCGCCUCGUCCUCACCAAGGCGGACAAAUCAGAGCGCAGUCGAACCCUCCACCAGCCUGCCGAGCAUCAAGAACUUGUUUGGUCUCGAGCGAAAGGAGCCAUUGGCGGCAGUACGACGUGCAGAUGCUCUCUCCGAUGACGGCCAUUCGUCCAUAGGUACUGCUACACCCGGUUCGCCUGCCGUAGCAAACGCAUCAGCCCCUUCCCGGUCGAUGGAGCACCGUGGUCAUCGCAGUCACGCUAGCACCAGCAGCUUCUCAGAAUUCCAAUCUGGCCUUUCUCAGAGUUCCAGCUCGUCGUCCCUUGGGCCCAUGCGCACUCGUCACUCUUCGAAUGCAUCGGGCUCCUACGGUCGAGGUGGACCCCUGGUACCCAGCACGCCGCCUCGCCAUACCGGUUCCUCGUCCCAUCCAUUCAGCCCGGAAGAGGGAAGUGCGAGACGGCGGGUCGAUUCGCGUUCUCGUCAGGCGCAGGCCCUCAAAGGGCUCAUCCUUUCCCCUCCAUCGCGAAGGUUGCCGCUGGACGGUGACGGUCCUUUCUCCGACGUGCAUUCGGGCUCGCAACGACGCGGAGGUCAUCGUCCUGCCUCUUCUUCCUCCGGCUCGCUUUCGACGCUUUUUUCGCACAUCUCGACCGGCUCCGAUCCUGCGCCCAUGCUACCACCAGGGUACCCACCUUCCUUGCACACCUCCGAAGAGGGUGUGACGCACGAGGGGUGGGGCACUGCCAGCGCCCAUUCCAGCAGUACGAGCCCACGUACCAGCUGGCACAGUCGCUCCUCAACGAUCGAGUCUGGCGAAGCAGCUUACAAGAUGAUGGGUGGUGAGCGCAACCCGGCUGCGCUUUUACCACCCUUCCGCGAAUCGCACUAUCCGCCCGGCGAGCCUUCUCGUCCCUCACCGGAACAGCACUUCUCCAGCCUGUCGCGUCACAGAUCGUUGCGCACUCCAGGCUCUUCUGCAAAUUUGCCUGGGUCCGCCAAUCGACCUCGUGCGAGGACCAUGACACAUACGGACCGUCCUAUCGCACCCUUGCCAAAUUCAGAUGACCCUGCGAGAAAGCAAAGGCUGGAAGCCGCAUCAGAGCUUCUGCGCAUGGGGCAGCAGGGCGGCGACGAAGCACAAGCGAUGGGCCCGGGCGGUCGCAUGUAUUCGCACAAACACAGCAUGUCGAUGCAGGAACGCGCCCCUCUUCCCGCCGAACUCUACGAAAAUGCCAGCACGGUGCGAACGCAUCGACCCAAAUCGCAUUCCAUGUCUGGCCAAGAACCUUUCGAUCCGAACAUGCUACCGCACCACGGCCCGCCGGGUAUGUCCGCGUCGGGGCCGGGUGCGCCUCCGUUCGAUCGAGGAGGACCACCGCCACCACCGGGAGGCGGUCCCGCUAUGUUCGAUUCCUUCCAUCCAAGACGUGGUCGGGGCGCUGGCGAUGAAGCGAUGCGACCUGGUGGCGCCGGCUGGGUGUUCCCGCGCCGUCCCAUGCCCACCGAUUCGGCCGAAGCGCAGCGCAACGCAUUCCAGGCGCAGAUGAUGCGAGGUCAAGGUCUCCCCAGCGUGCCAGAUGGGAUCAUUUCUGCUCAACACGGAGGUGCUUUUGGCGGCGUCCGCGCAGCCCCCAGCACAACAGGCACCAUCGCCUCGGGUCAGGCCAAGUACGAAUGUGCAUGGUGCGGCAAGCGCUUCUCGCGGCCUUCCAGUCUCAAGAUUCAUCACCACUCGCACACGGGAGAGAAGCCUUUCGUCUGCAACGAGCCGGGCUGCGGUCGAUCCUUUAGCGUUCAGUCGAACCUGAGACGCCAUCAGAAGUGUCACGUUCCCGGCGGUGAUCCGUCCGAGAUGGGUUCGCCGACUCGUCAGCAGCAAGGACACGUCUCAAGUCGCAGUGACGAUGGCUAUUGGGCGAGGGGACCGCCUCCUCCUGCAGCCUCAUCGGGAGCGCGAAUGAGUCCGAUGGCCGGCGGUAGCGGUGGAUGGCACCCAGGCCACCCCGGACAGCCAGGUCAUCCUGGGUACGCUCACGGGCCCGCUUCCGGACCCACGCAUGGACCCGUGCCAGGCUACGCUAUGGGACACGUUCCGCCACCUGGACCCAUGCAUCCGCAGAUGCAAAUGCAGAUGCAGAUGCACGGCAAGGACCACCCGCCGCUCUCGCGUUCUGCGUACGAGCCAGGUUCGCGAAGUAUGAACACCUGGACCGAAAUGCGUCGAGGCGAGAUGCCGCCUCCUGGCUACCGAGACUACGAGCGUGGACCUCCUCCGUCCGAUACUUAUGGCAUGUCGAGUUCGCCGCGUCGGUUCGGGCAGAUGCGCGAACGUCGUUUGUCGGAAUCGUCGUCCGUCGAGGAAGAAGAGGAAGACGAGCUGCUGGACGAAGAGGAAGCACUCGCGCGUCCAAGCGGGGAGUCGAAUCGAGGUCGAGCGUACCCGCAAAGCGCUCAGGCUGACCCGGUGACAAAGACGUCUGCGUCCGGCGGAGGAGCCGGAGAUUCGAGCGAGGAUGAGGCGGACAGGACGGUGACCAUGAAGAGCGGGCCCAGGCCGAGAAGCACGACCGAUGCAAGCACUACCUCGAGCCUGCGGGCCGGCGUCAACUCGCUCUUGAACCCAGAGGAUAGGAAGACGGAUGCUCGCAUCAAGGAUGAAGCCUGA